AUGGCGCGGCAGAGGCCGACGCGAAGCGGAAGCAUAGACCGGGACGAAUUACUGAACGCCCUAAAGGCGUGCAUGGAAGAAAGCUCGCUAUCACUCUCAGCUGAAAACUUAGAAGAUCUUACGGACGCACUAUUUGACGCCGCGGACGAAGAUAAGUCCGGUACGAUCACGUUCGAGGAGCUCCGAAACGAGAUUGAGAAACAUCCGGGCGUUAUAGAGAACCUUACAUUCAGUGUCGCACAAUGGCUACGACCACCUGACAAGAAGAACGAUGGUAAAAGUCGCUUUCGGUACUUCACAAUUGACUACUGCAAGAACAACCUCCGUAAAGUGAUCUACUUUUUGGUGUAUUGGAUUCUCAACGCGGUCCUCUUCGCCGUGGCGAUGUACCAGUAUCGGGAAUAUACCGUCUGGCUUAUGUUUGCGAGAGGUGGUGGCUUAUGCCUGAACUUCAAUUGUGCCUGGGUACUCGUACUGAUGCUGCGCAAGUGUAUCACCUUUCUGCGCAUGACAAAACUAUGUCACGUGCUUCCGUUCGACCAGCAUAUUUUGUUUCAUAGGAUGACGGGCUUCGCAAUAGCGUUCUUUGCAGUGGAACACACGUUUGCACAUAUUGGCAAUGCUGUGGCCAUCACGGUUGAUAACGCUGCUAAUGAAACCCAAGCUUGGGAGGUGCUGUUCACCACAGUUCUCGGCCAUGGGUUGGUCGAGGGCUCUGCCUAUAUUACUGGAUGGAUCCUGAUGAUCAUCUUGAUAGUCAUCGUCAUAUGUUCUCUUCCGUUCGUAAGACGCAGCGGUCAUUUUGAGGUAUUUUACUGGACGCACAUGCUGUACGUCCCCUUCUGGAUCUUACUAAUUAUACACUGCGAUAUAUUCUGGAUGUUCAUUGUUGGACCCGGGGUAAUCUUUCUUUUGGAGAAAGUUUCAAGAUCAAAACUGAUAAAAAUGGUGCGUUAUGGAGAUACAUACAUCGAAGGUGUGAACUUACUGCCCUCCGGGGUCACUCAUCUUGUUAUCUCACGACCAACCAACUUCCGGUAUCGACCAGGUGACUAUGUCUUCAUACAAAUACCGGAAAUAGCAAAGUUCGAGUGGCACCCUUUCACCAUCAGCUCGGCACCUGAAAUGGAAGGUCACAUAUGGUUGCACGUUCGAUCAGCAGGACAUUGGACACGGAAGCUGUAUGAAUACUUCGACAAGUACGACGUAAUACCGCACAAAACGCAGAUCAAAACACCGUCAAACGCAGGCGUAAUACUUAUUUAUAUUUGUUUUCGCCAUUUUUUACUUAAAUUGUUUCCGAAACAAUUUAACAAAAUUAAUUAUCUGAAAUUAUUUGUUGCAGGAGGAACAUCGAAAAAGUUUGUAAAAAUUGAACAGGCAUAUUCUCGCCAAAAUGAGGUGAGAAAAUCGAGAGUGUCCCGAAAGUCAAGCAACACACCGUCCAAAGAAACGCAUAAAGACGUCAAUAUCAAGUGUUUUAUUGACGGCCCGUACGGUACGGGAACAAGAGAAGUAUUUGACACAGAACACGCCGUGUUGAUUGGUGCAGGUAUUGGUGUCACACCUAUGGCCUCGAUUCUGCAAAGUGUCUGGUACAGAUUCAGCGAAAAAAGACAGACGUGUCCGAACUGCGACCACGUGUGGUACCCGAUAGACGAGGAGGAGAUGGACAUGAACUUGAAAAAGUUGGACUUUGUAUGGAUAAACAGAGAUCAGAAAAGCUUCGAGUGGUUCCUCACACUGCUGAACAAGCUAGAGAUGGAGCAGAGCGAUCAUUGCGGGCCCCUGGAAAAGUGCAUCCAGAUGCACAUGUACAUGACCGCAGCACAGAAGAAAACCGACAUGAAAGGCAUCGGAUUACAGAUUGCGUUGGAUCUAAUGUACGAGAAAAACAAGAGAGAUCUGAUCACGGGUCUUCGAACGAAAACAGAGCCAGGUCGGCCUAACUGGAAUAAAAUAUUCAAAGCCAUCAAGAACGAAAACAAAGGUAAGGUCAAAGUUUUCUUCUGUGGAGCGCCAGCACUUGGGAAAACAGUCAAAGAAGCCGCCGCGAAAUUUGGUUUUGCAUUCUCUAAGGAAAAUUUCUAAAACUUGAUAAUCAAAUUACUUCAUGUGUUCAUGUUUAAUCAAAUUUUGCGCUCAAACACUGUGUGAUUUUUAGACUGCAAGUUUUAUUUUCAACUGCAUGACGUUUAUAUCAUUAAAUACGUGACAAUCACUUUGAAAUGUGAACAACACCAACAU